AUGCCUCGUCCUAGAAGACCCGGUGCACCAGAACCAAAGCGUCGAAGCCGUAAAGGAUGUUGGCCAUGCAAAGCCCGCAAGGUAAAAUGUGGUGAGGAGAAACCAGCAUGUCUUAACUGCCAGCGACAAGGCGACCCUUGCGACUAUAGCGUCCGUCUGAACUGGGGUGGAAGGACGAAACGCAUGUCAAUUGACUCGCCGAAUUCACAAUCUAGUGGGUAUGGAGCUGUAAUUGGAUUUUCGGACUCAUUUGCUAUCAACAAUCUGAGCCCAACGUCGUUCCCCACUCCAGAAAGCAACAAUACUACAGAUGGAUUUAUCAACACUCAUCCCGAGGAGUUGACUUCGCCGGGAGCAAUAUCUCCAAUUACACCAGCACCAGUUGGCCUUUUCGAAUCCCCCAGGCUCAGUUCAGAACCUGAAGGAGUGACGUCCCCGGGGCAAUUAGAGCCUCGGUUCUCCUCAACUUGGGCGGAACAAUCUCCUCCAUUGACGACAUCGGUAUCCUCGGCGCCUUUGCUGCAAUAUCAAUUUGGACAGCAGAAUUUUGGUAACCCGUCAUAUCUGGGUUCGAUGGAUCAGACGUCCGGUCUUGGUUCACUCUCCGCCUUUGCAUUCCAUACAAGCCCCGUUUCGCAGCAAGUCUCAUACAUGCGCCACCCUGUAGAUGCUUCCAAUCACUCUUCGGGUCCAUCGAUCUCGCACUCUCGUGGUGAAGGGCACCUUUCUCGAGGGUCGCAUGAUGACCAGGGCAUGCACCUUGCCGCCGAGUCUGCGACAGGGCAAAAGAGAUCCUCGGGCAGCCCGCAGAAAACUGGCGGCCUGUCCUCCAUGCCUUUCGAUUCACAUAGAGUGCCGAUUGCUGAAAGUGAUGCAACCUCAUCCCCGAGGGUCCACGAGACAACCAGCAACAUGGGCUCUGUACAUGACUAUCACAAUGAGUUGACUCCCGAUCAUCAGGUAUUGGUAGAGAGCAAUCAUGAAGCUGAUGAAACAUCCCAUGAGUCUUCAAUGGCCCGGAACAAAUGGCAAACAUAUCUGAAUAGUGUAACCGACAAUUAUGGAUUGGACUCCGGGCGCCCCGAUCAGGAUCUGAAUUUCAACAACGAUCAUGCUGCCAUAGACAUCAACUAUGCGUUGGAUUUGAUCAGUUCUCGAUGGCGCAACGAGGAAACCUCACAGUCGAAAGCCUCUCAACCUGAGCCCGUACCACAGGUCCAGUUUUGUAGCGGUUACUAUGCUUCUCCGGUACCUAUCAAUAUCCCCAGGUACUUGUCUCCGCUUCCGUCGUCGCUUUUGGAUAACCCCAUCAAUUUGAUGUACUUCCAUCAUUUCCUGAACCACACUGCUCGGAUGCUUGUCCCGCACAACUGCGAUAAUAAUCCGUUUAUCUCGGUUUUACCAUCAAUGGCAAUCGGUGAUUCCAAUCUCCUCAAUCUGCUGCUUGCGUACUCCGCUAGUCAUCGUGCUCGAUACCUAGGUCAUCCAGAGCCCGCCAACAGAAUCGCUCAUUGGGUUAGCAACGUUUUCCCAACAUUGCGUAUGGCAUUAGAGUCAUCGAAUGAAGACAUCACUGAUAGCCACCUGGCCACAGCCAUAAUGCUGUUGUCGUUAAAGAUCGUUUCUCCGGGGACAUUUGAAGUGCCUAUAACCUGGGAGAGUCACCUGAAGCUUGCUCGCGAUUUAUUCCUUGCACGGAGCGAGAACAUGGUGCAGCCUGGGAACAGGAUUGGGGCCUUCUUCGCCCGCUGGCUGGGCUACCUCGACACGAUAGGAUCUCUGUCGUGUCGCCAAGCCGGUCCUCCACUAAUGAUAUACCACUCCAUCUUAAGUGCCUGCUCCGCGCCUGACGGUCAUGAUGAAUUCGGUGUUGAUUGCUUCACGGGGUUCACUCCCCGCACUGGAGUAUUUCUGAUACGUCUCGCACGGCUGGUGCAGGAAUGUGACAAUCAACGCUUCGAUGAAAUGGGUAACUUCCGACUUGACUGGCAUCCGUCCGCGGAGAUGGUUUUGGAAGCGCAAUCCCUACUUGGUGAUAUCGAUGGGACUAGCGAACUUACUCAUACUAUCUCGGACCACCACCGUGGUAUUGAGUCCUCGGACAUGAUAGCCAUCGAGGAAGCGUUCCGGUUUGCCGGUCUUCUGCAUCUUCAUCGGCGUGUCCUCGGUUCUCCAUCUGACUCGUUUCCCGUGAAUGAGGUCUCGCGCAAGCUCAUUGACGCCCUUGGACGUAUGCGCCCCGGCGCAGCCACCGAGGUCUGCUCAUUGUUCCCGCUCUUCACAGCCGGUUGUGAAUCCAAAGAUUCAGUUGAAAGGACUAAGCUUUUGGACCGAUUCUUCGUGUUGGAGAGCUCGGGCAUGAAACAGAUUCAAAAUGCACGUCAACUAAUGCAACACUGCUGGGAUAAAAACCUGCCUUGGAUUGCCCUGGCUGGCGGUCAGUUCUUAGGUUAG